CUCUUUACAGCCUUGGAAAAAACACCUAUCCCUGAUAAACAGUACACAACACACUUGAAUGUGUGCCAUUAAUUCUUUACAUCACAUUACAAGCUAGAGCCUGAGCUCACAGCCAAAAUGAGAUUAGCCCUGCAGACUGUCAUCUGCUGCUGUGUUUUCACCAUGGUCCUGCCACUGGUAAAAGGUGCCACAGGGGAGCUCAACUCCAGCUUGAAAAAGAGGUUUAAAAUAUGGCUGCAGGGCCGUAUGAAGAGAGACCUGGGCAACAGCUUAGUGACAGCCAAUGAAAGGCACUCUGACAUCCACGUUGGACCACAGCAGGGCGAGAAUGCAAAAGCUGUCUCACCUUCAUUAAGCUUUGGCUUAAAAUUCAGACCUAGGAGGUCAUCAUCCAAAGCAUCCGGCUGCGUCCUAGGAACAUGUGUAUACCACGACCUGAUCCACCAACUGCAUAAGAUUCGGAACAAUGACCAAAAAGAGCCCAAGGCCCCUCCGGAAAAGAUUGGCUGUACGGGCUACGGGCGCCGUCGCCGCUCACUCCUGGAUGUCUCUCAGUUUGCCCUCCAGUCAGGAAGACAAAGAAGGAGCACUGAAGCUGGUCAGCAAGUCCACAUACACAAAAGCAAAUGCACAGUGGCCUAAGACAGGCAUGGAAAGGCAGAGGAGAAUCCUUGUCGGGAUUUUUUUGCUCACAGCAGAUGAAGAUAAGUCCCCUCAAAGGUUUUAUUCUACAGAUUUACAACUAGAUAUGCAAAAAGAACAGCUGCUACAUCUGUACUGCCCAUCAGAGGAAGCUCAGGUCAUUCUGGAUGAAAGCAAGAUUCCAAAAAUAGAUACUGAGAAGUUUGUGUGCGUAUGCUUAGUGUGUCUGAGCGAGUGUGUGAUUUAUGGAUGAAUUCAAGUCAGACUUGUGGGACUUGACAAGAAUGUCUGUCUCUUCUUCAGCUUCCAAAGUGAGCUAAGCAGCUGAGAUAGAAGACAAUUCCUGAAGAUCUUGUCCAAAACGCCCACAAACUGAAGAGCUGCAAUGAGUAAAUUACUGGGGCCACAAUGGGGGAGAAUUCUUUUCAAGAAACUGACAUUAUUGGACCCCAAACUGUCACAUUCAGGAUCCCCUCACAAGUGAAAUGAAUGUGGUGAAGUGCAAUUUAUACAAUAUGUACCAAGCCUAUACAUAGUUUAAAAAUAUGUAAUUAUCAGCUUGUAUAUAAGGAUAUAUAAAGCUACCUUAUAUUUAAGCAUACAAUACAAUUAUAUUUUUAUACAUCCAAAACACAUAUUGAACAUGUCUUUUACUUUUAACUUCAAUGAAGUAUCUGAUGCAUCUUAACUGUGUAAAUAAUUAUCUUGUCCUGUAUGUGAAUUAAGUAUCUUAUAACUGAGUUACAUGUAUACCAACUAUCUUUACAUUAUUGUGAUGAUAAUACUUAUUAGAAAUCAAUCAUAUUAGAGAUGUUUUAAAGAUAUUUGUUUCAAUGGUAAAAGUCAUACACAGCAACUGAAAAGCAAUGAGGAAAUUUAGUUUUUGGCCAGACUUUAGAAGCAAUGAUGGAUGAUGAAAAGGCUGUUUUUGCUAUGACGUAGAAGGACUGAUGAGCUAAUACAAGUGUUUUGCUGCCAUCUAGCUUUACAGUAGGCUACACGUAGCCAAUGCAGGGCCAACUAUUUCAAAAUCAGUGCAGUUUCAAGAGACCUUACUAUGGUAACAUUAAAUGUUUCUUCUUAAAAAGCCUUAGUUUUGACAUUUACCUGCUUAUUUGAAUGUAAUAAAUCACAAUUUACUCAUGAAUCAACUAAAAUUACUUGAAAUGGUAUAUGGUAACAUGAUUUAUGUCUUGUUGUGGCAAACAUGACGGACAUUGAAAUUGUUUUCAGCUGGCUGCAAUGUCCUUUUUGGAAAUAAAUGAAUCAAUGCAACAAUGAAAAGAUCUUGAACUCUGAUUUUAUGUGACCUAAUAUUAAAUAUUCUGCUUGUG